CCCCCGCUUUUCCUCCCACCUCGCACGCGGCCUCUCCCUCCCUUCCUUCUUUCCACGCGCUUGUGGCGGCGGCGCGAGACCAUCGGAGAACCUUUGCCGGGGGGGCGAGCUAGGGUUUGGGCCACCGCGGCGACGCGCGACGAUGUCGGCGUACGACGAGGUGGAGAUCGAGGACAUGGAGUGGAGCGAGGAGCUGGCGGCGUACACGUACCCCUGCCCCUGCGGCGACCUCUUCCAGAUCACGCUCGCCGACCUCCGCCUCGGGGAGGAGAUCGCGCGCUGCCCCUCCUGCUCGCUCUUCCUCACCGUCGUCUACAACGAGGAGGACUUCGCCGACGCCAAGGAGCCCCCGCAGAAGCCGCCGGCCGCCCCGCAGCCCGUCGCCGUCGCCUGAGCCUGAGCCCGCCGUGGCUCGUCGGCAUGGACGGACGACAGAAUCAGCAUCGUAGCUGGGAGAGGAAUGAGAGAAAUUGUUUGGCAUACGCGGGAGCAUCUGUACUUGUACUUGUAGAAUGAGAAAAAUCGCAGCAUCGUAUCAACUUUUGGUUGUUGAACUGAAUUUAUCCAUGUGGACUUGCUCAGUUGGUACAAAGGCACUGUCCUUGAUCGGUGCCUCAUUUUCUUUUUGUUAAUCCCAGUUUUUGUAAUCCUGGUGACUCUCUGGUCUCAUUGCUGCGCCUUGUGGUAGCAUGUGAAUCUGUGAUGUGGCUUGGGUGAAA